AGCAAUCAAAUCAAGCAAGCAAAGCGAGCACGAGAAAGAAAGCUUCGUUUCUCGGUCGCCGCUGCUGCUGUUGUUGUUUUAAUAUCUGUUCAUGCAAAUUUAUCUUAUUUCUCUUCAUAUAGUUUUGUUUCUCAUUAACCUGCUGGGUGAAACGCUUGGUGCCUAUGUUUUGUUAUGCUAAACACAAAAAUAGACACUAACAGACACCACAUCGUAAAGUGUAACAUGUGAUUAGAAAUGUAAAUAUUUAAUUGAAAUUAAAGCACAAAAUGGACGUGAAAGAUUGUAAUCGUGGGUGUAAAGUGUUGUGAUUAUUAUAAUUUCAUUAGUUUCGUGUAUUUUUGUGUAAAUCCAUGUGGGAUUGUUGAGAAAAGUUAUAUUCUUUUGGAGUCGCCCUGGCUGUCCUCGCUGGCUGUUUGUAAAAAAAAUCACUCUCAGCCAUGGUGUCCUCCGAAAGAAAUGGAUAAACAUAAUAGUUUAAGAACAAAUUUAAUAAUGUGCAGCUCAUAAAAAUGACUUGAAUUAAUACAAAUUUUGUGAUAAUCCAACACAGCUACGUACAAUAAGGCCUAUAUAAAUCUCCCUGGUUCCUGUAGUCAUAGUGUCAAUUAAUCUAAAGCCAAAGCAGUUAAAUUUUAAAAAAAAGGUAACGUUACCUCUAAAUCUAUAUUUUCUAACCAAAGCUAGUUUAAGAUGUCGAACGAUAUCCCUAUAUAUAGUCAAAUUGUACCAAAAUCUCAGUACCGCGCGAAGAAUUCGAAGGUGACGAAUCGCGCGCAGAAUUUGGCGCGAACAGACUUCGAUCCGUUGAAUUUCAAUAAUGGCGGCAAUUUUCAAAUGUCGAACGAAGUGAAAAUGGAGAGGGCGGAGAAGAAAGAGUCGAGGAGGUCCAGAGAUGAGACCAGCAGAUCUAGAAGGACACAGAAUAGGAGUGACGCGACGGAGAGUAAAGUUGAGGCUUAUUUGAGGCAGAACCAGGUCAGCAUGAGGCAACAGCAGCAUAGACAUUCGGCGGUGAGGCAGGCGGAGCAUAGGGUCAAUUUGAGGUCUUUGCCACUAAACGAUGCGAUUUCUCCACGCACCCACGAGCGAACCCCAACAGAGCGGCACCGAGGAUUCCCGGAGCGAGACAGCACGAGGGAGCACCGACGGGAGCGAGAGCGAGACAGGGAUAAGCUUGACGGCACCCCUCUAAGCCCGCUAGCACCCCGGGCGGAGAAAGAGCCACGUGUCAGAAAAUCUACUUCCUCCCAUCGCGUUACUGAGAGCAUAUCUACUGAUAAACGUCGCUUCUACUGCAGAGAGUGGGCGUUUCAGAAGAUCGCCCAUUGCUUGGAGCAGCGGCCAGCCAGCAAGACCUGCGGGACUCUUAUACUGGGUGAUGCUGGUAGCGGUAAAACAGCACUAUGUCAAGAACUAAGCGAGCCCGGGCAAGGUCCUCAAGCGAGGCAACAGAGGGCGCUGAACCGACGACUGCUGGCCAGACAUUUCUUGCAGGUCAGGAUGAGCCACAACGAAACCAGCCUCCGCCCUCCGGACUUCGUGCGGUCGCUCGCGAUGCAGAUCCUGACUCACUCCCAGAGGCGGCCGAGGCUGGACAGCGAAACUCAACAGCCCACUACCCCACUCGUGGACAGGAGAGAUUCUGAUGAAGAACGACUGAUAGAUCGCUUCAAGAGACUAGCGGAUGACACCGAAGAAAGUUCCAAACCACUCUUGGCUGAUAGUGAAGAUCAACGCACAGACGAGGAAGAAGGCGCGGGCAGCGGCCGUAGACAGCGGACCAUAGACCGCAUCCACGAGAGGGAAGCAUAUUUGGACUCUAUGGUCGGAGACGCCGCGCUCAGCAAUGUGGAUGACUUGCCGGAAAUCCUGCCAAGGGCGAGCGUAAAACCGACCAAUCCGUUCAUAACAGACGACAAAGACAUGCGUCUGUAUGAAAACCACGAAAAUCUAUUUCUCCGAAACAUUUCUCAGCGGCAGUCGAAAGAAUUGAGAAACUCGAGACUUUUACGCCAAAGCUCCGAGCCGUUGAGCGAGAAAAGGACGGCGGUAUUGCAAAAAAGUCUCUCGACCGAACAGAAGACGGAGGAGGACAGAAAAAUCGAAAACAGUCCACCGAAAUCGCGGAUCCCAGUCGCGAACUUCAAAUAUCCCAACAAAAGCGAUUUGAAUCAAAAAUCGAACGAGAAUUCGCCGAAAAAAUCUGACGAGAAAUCGGAAGAUCCACCCGAAUACCAGAACGUGGUCAAUUCUAUACCAAUGACGGAAAAACACGAAAUGGAAGUGUUAUUAGAGAAGAAAAGGUCGCAAAACGAUGACGUGCCACCACCGAUACCAAGUUUGCCUAUUAGCCCCAGGACUAUAAUAGCUAAUGCUUAUUACGACAAGCUGCUUGCGGAAACGGAAAUACAGCAAGCGCUGUUGCCUCAAAAUUUGGAGAAUAAUCCGGACGAGUGUUUCAAAAAGGCAUUGCUCUUCCCCCUGCUGGAGAUAGAUCCGCCCAAGCAGUGUUUGUUUUUAUUGAUCGACGCGAUUGACGAGGGAGCUAGUAAUGGUCAAGCGGAAGAUGAGUCUGAGUGCGCCACCAGCGUGUGCGCGUUGGUUGCCCGCCACCAGCACCUGUUCCCGCCCUGGCUGCUGGUCGUCAUCACCGCCAGGAGGCACGCCAGGUCUAUCACUUCUAUGUUCACCGGGUUCCGUAAAAUACCAUUGGACGAGUUACAACGCGCUCACGUGGCGGCCGACGUGCAGAGAUAUGUCCUCGCCAGGCUCGACGCUGAGCCUAAAUUGCGAGCGCGUGUGUCGAGCGACUCCACAGCCGCGGCGGCCGCGGCGGCAGCGCUAGACCAUCUCAGGAUCAAGAGUGAUGGUUGUUUACUGUAUUUGGAAAAGGUUCUGGACGGUGUUGCAGACGGAUUUAUAGGUCUUCGCGAGAUCAAAGAGAUUCCGGGCACUCUCAACGGACUGUAUUUAUGGUUAGCGCAGAGAUUAUUCCACGGCAGACGAUUUACUAAGGUCCGCCUUUUGUUGGACGUGUUACUGGCGGCGCGAUGCGGUGUGACAGAAGAAAUGCUCUACAAAUGUUUGCUGACCAAAGAAUAUUGUGUUACGAGAGAGGAUUUCAACAGGAGACUCCAUCUCCUGAGGAGGAUUCUAGUGAUGGAGCGCAGUACAGGUUACUUGUCGAUUUUUCACCACUCGUUCGCGGCGUGGCUGGUGGACGUGAAGCACUGCACGCGGCGCUAUCUGUGCUCGGUGCCCGAUGGACAUGCAGCCUUAGCUAUGUACUACACCCUUGAUGCUAGAAGACUGACCGCUCUAGAGAUACACAAUUACGUCUACCACAUGACGAAUCUUGAGCAACAUCUCGCCUCGCAAAAGAAGAAAACUAACGGCGAACAAUCAGAAGAAGCGGUAGACCUUCAUACGUUGUUCCUACUGUGGGUGUUGGAUUCUGGCUGUGACGUCGAAUCGGCUUUGAGGCGGGAGAACGACUGUCGGCUGCUCGACACAUCUACAGAAAUGAAGGAUGAUGUCGCAGACGAUAAAGAUGCCGAACCAGAUUCAGAAGGGAAGGAGUCUGUUUCAGCUGAACAAUCGACAAUAGAAUCCAUAAUGCCGGAGUUAGUGACAGGCGAAGCGGCGCCACGUUGGCCCCGCGAUAGGAGGGUGUUCAAGACACUUCUAGAAUUGACUAGAGCAGAUUCGAUUCCCCUGCAACAGACUGAGGACUUGAUGCUUGAAGCCGAGAAACCACUGGAAGACGAUCCAAUAGAAGCUAUAGAAGAACCGGUGGUGUUGGACCCUAAUCUAGUGUUCGAAUUAGCGGCGAAGGGUGACGAGGAAGCCCUUACAGUUUUACUUAAGCGUUGUCCGCACCUAGUAGAAGCCACCGACUCGAUCGGCGGCACUGCUUUGCACUGCGCCGCUCGCGCCGGAAAAGCUUCUUGCUGCGCGGCUUUGCUGGCGGCCGGGGCGAGGUCUGAUGCUAACGACGCCGAUGGCUGGAGCGCCCUGAGAGCGGCGGCCUGGGCUGGACAUACUGAGGUGGUUGAAGUGUUGUUAGAAUUCGGAUGCGACGUGGAUUGUGUAGAUGCCGACAACAGAACAGCUUUAAGGGCGGCAGCUUGGUCCGGCCACGAAUCUGUCGUCUCCCGUCUUCUAGCGGCGGGCGCUAACCCCGACGCGGCAGACGCCGAGGGGCGCACUCCGCUGAUAGCGGCCGCCUACAUGGGCCACGCCGACAUAGUGCGGGCGCUACUUGACGCCGGCGCUACCGUCGACCACGCGGACGAGGAUGGUCGCACAGCCCUGUCAGUAGCGUCACUGUGCGCCACGGGCGCCGCGUGCGCAGCUUCGCUGUUGGAACGAGGCGCGUCCGUGCAAGCGGCCGACCGGGACAGAGCCGCGCCUCUGUUGGUCGCCGCGUUUGAGGGGCAUACGGAAAUCUGCGAGCUCCUACUGGAAGCGGAAGCGGAUAUAGAGGCACAAGACGUGGCGGGGCGGACGGCGCUGUGGGCCGCGGCGUCCGCCGGGCACGCGCGCACGGUGCGCCUGUUGCUGUUCUGGGGCGCCUGCGUCGACAACAUGGACGCUGAGGGGAGGACUGUGCUCAGUACUGCCGCUGCUCAAGGUAACGUUGAAGUGGUAAGGCAGCUGCUAGAUCGUGGUCUAGACGAGCAUCACAGAGACAACUCAGGAUGGACUCCGCUGCAUUAUGCCGCUUUUGAAGGACACGUGGAAGUCUGCGAAGCGCUAUUAGAAGCCGGCGCGAAAGUCGACGAAGCAGAUAAUGACGGCAAAGGUGCAUUGAUGUUGGCCGCGCAAGAGGGACACACGCGACUGGUCGAGAUUUUGGUGGACGACUGGAAUGCGCCCAUCGACCAGCGGGCGCACGAUGGGAAGACUGCUUUGAGGUUGGCAGCACUGGAAGGUCACUUUGACACAGUGCGCGCGGCGCACGCGCGCGGCGCGGACCCGGACGCGCUGGACGCGGACCGCCGGAGCACGCUGUACGUGCUCGCGCUCGACAACAGGCUGGCCAUGGCCCGGUUCCUGCUGGCGGACUGCGGGGCUAACAUCGACACCACCGAUACUGAGGGUCGAACUCCUUUACAUGUGUCGGCGUGGCAAGGACACACUGAUAUGGUCAAUCUUCUGAUCAAAGUUGGCGGCGCAGCAGUGGACGGACGCGACCGCUGCGCUAGGACGGCGCUGCACGCGGCGGCGUGGCGCGGGCGGACGCCGGUGCUGAAGACGUUGCUGCAGCACGGCGCUUCGCCCGCCGCCGUCUGCACGCAGGGCGCUUCGCCACUCGGCAUAGCAGCGCAGGAGGGGCAUGAAGAAUGUGUUCUGUGGCUGUUACAACAUGGCGCCGAUCCAUUACAGGCCGACCAUUGUGGUCGUACUCCAGCCAAAGUGGCGUGGCGUGCUGGUCACGCUAAUAUCUGUCGUUUAUUAGAACGUUGGACCGCGCCCACGGCGCCCCCGUCCACUCACUCACUGCGGCCGCCCAGCGCUGGCUCGCCGGAGUACAAGAGGCGCAGUGUGCACAGUUCGAACUCAACAAAAUCAUCGUCCAACAUGACCGGAGGCUCUGGCCGGUCUCACGAGCCUGCGGACACUGAACUCACUCAUACACAUGACAAGCCGAACAGAGCGAAUCUCUCCCUCUCUUUCGCGCAGCAGGUCGCGCGCCGCGGCCACGGCAGAAGAGAGAAAGAGAGAGACACAACUAUACCUGAACACCAGGUUGUGGAGACGGACUCUAAUUUGAGUCUUUCCCUCAACAGAAGCUACCUGGCCAACGAAAGGGACUCAGAUCUUCGAGGGUACGGAGACUACGACAGACGAAGGGACGCGAGACAUGGCGGCUAUAGGGACAAUGGUAGCCCUCUAUACGCUUCGCCCCCGAGGAGCCCCGUCAGCGAUAUUUGCAGCCCGACACAGCCGAUAGGGGGCGUUGGAUCUCAACCGGCCAGCCUCACAGCAGUUCAGUCUAUACAACAAGACACACAUUUCAACCGCGACACACAUAUGAGAAUCAUUCUAGGACGAGAAUGUAAACCGCAGGAUAGGAAUGACAGCGAGAUACGGCCUUCGAAGAGUCGUGUAGCGUACAACCGGCUUGUGGGCAGUUUUGGACGCGCUAGAGGCAGGAUAUUUAAGACCAAGAACAAGAGGAAUGGAAUAGUCACUAACCCAGCUAUGAGGCUAGUCGCUAAUGUGAGAAACGGUCUUGAUAAUGCAGCCGCAAAUAUACGCCGCACGGGCGUCGCCCUAGCCGCCAGCGCAAGUUCCAGCAACCCGGUUGUCAAAACUAACGCCUUCCAAUGGAGGAAAGAGACGCCACUAUAAAGCUGCAUAGGUGAGAGCGAGACAGCGAUGUUAUCUAGCAACCCACGUUUCCACCACUGCUGAAACGUAUGCGUUUCAAUGGAAAGAGAUGCCAUUAUAUAACUACUUUUGUUAGAGUGAGACGACUGUAUGAUGGUUAGCGAAAUGGCGCGUUCCAAUGGGGAAGAACUAUAACAGCGCAAUUUGUAGAAAGAGUUAAAACUGUAUGAUUACAAGAUUGCUGUGACAAAAUGUAGAUCUGUUUAUAGAUAUCACAUUAUUUAUAAAACAUAUUUAUGACGCUGUUAAAAUUAACAGAAUAACCCAUUUGAAAGAGUAAAAUAAAAAAAAAUUGCGACGUAUUGAGAACCAUCUCCUUAUGGAGUCUGAUAAAAAUUAAAGAAAAAGUUGGUACAGGUCAUUUUAAAAACUAUAUAGAUUAGAAUGUAUAAUAUGUCAGACUAGAUGUUGCCCGUGGCUUCGCUCCUGUGGGAAUUUUGAGAUAAAAUAUAGCCUAUAGCAUAAUGGAUAAUGUACCUUUCUAAUGGUGAAAGAAUUUUUGCAAUCGGUUCGGUAGUUUCUGUGUUUACCCGCCUCAAAAAUACAAACUCAUAAACGCUUACCUCCUUAUAAUAAUAAUAUAAAUUUAAAUUAUAUAUUCUUUGCAAUAUUCUCCAAACAGUAUAAAUAAUUACAGUAAUAUAACUAUUCAGUUCAUUCAUAUGUCUGUAUUGCUUUUAUACCUGUCUAACCUUAAAUUCCAUCUUACUAAUAUUAUAAAGUGUUACGACACUUUGUGAGGGUGUAUGUUUGUUAGUCUUUCUCGCAAAUUUGGUACACGUGUAGAAUAUAACCUGGAAUAACACAUAGGUUUUAUCCCGAAAUUCCUACGGAAGCGACGCCCCGCGGGGCAGCUAGUUUAGAAAUAAGUCUAUAAAGCAUAAAAUAUUGACAGAUUAAUAUAAGUGGCGACCAAUAUAAGUUAUUUUCUUAUAAAGUUGCUUGACCUGCGUAUACGUGACUGAGUUGUCGAAUGUGCUAUAAAUAUUAUACUAAUUGUUUGUUAAUAAUUUAGGAUCUAAACAUCAAAUAUACGUAUUUAUUUGUAGCUAUUUUUAAUUUCGUGGAAUAAACAAUGAAAAAAGAUAGGUAAGUUCUUUUUUUUUUUCAUAAAAAUUAAAAAAAAAAUACUACAGAUAAAAAAGCUCAGUUAUCCUACUAAUAUUAUAAUUGCGAAAUUUUGUGAGGAUGUAUGUGUGAAUAUUUGUUCCUCGUUCACUCAAAAUGUACUGGACGGAUUGUUAUGAAAUUCGGUGCACGGGUAGAAUAUAAUCUGGAAUAACACAUAGGGUACUUUUUAUGCCGAAAUUCCAACGGGAGCCAAGCCCCGGGCCGCAGCUAGUAAGUACAUAUUUUUGAUUGGUCUCGAUAACAAUAUCAGUAUUAUGAAUUAAAAACCAUUCAAUUCGCAUUUGUGAAAAAAAAAACAUAGUACAAUUCGUAAAAAAAUGCCUGAUCUCAAAAGAACAAAGUUAAGUUUUAGACAAUUUUUUUUUCAUAGACAUUUUGGUGCAUUUAUUUGUGUGUUGAAAACUAGUCUUGAAGCAUAGAGUAGGAUUUUUAACUAAUUUAAUUGUGUUUUUGUGAAAAAAAAUGUAUUUUUUUUUCUUUAAGUACCUAAGGAUCGAUUUAAAUUAAGCAUAACUUAUGACUAUUGCAAUGAUAUUUUGCAUAAAAAUGAUAACUCUAAAUAGACAUUAUGAUUGCAAAUGUAUAUGGGAGAAAAUUUAAAAAAAUACUAUUUUAGUACAUAUACACAUAGUUAAGAUGUGCAAUUAUGGAACACCAAGAAAUAACUAAAUGUGAAUGUCUGAAUUAAGAAAUGUGUGAUUGUAUAUAAAAAGACAAAUAUUUAUCAGUGUACGCUUUUGUGGUGUAAUAUGAGCGCUUGCAAUGGCUAUAAGAUUGAAGAUUUUUUGAGAUGGCAAUAUAAUAUUAAACGAACGAAAAAAAAUUUUUUUUUAUAUGACAUGUUAAAAAAGCCUAUGACAAACGAUACGAACGAAAAUCUAUGACAAGAAAUGGCGUCGUCCGCCAUUUUAUUAUUAUUUUUUAUUAUUGAAAUUUAAUCCCUUGCAAAAUUAAAUUAAUGUACAUAAGAAUUAGAACUAUCGAUAUAAUUAGAGACGGUAAAAAGGUAGAACGAAUAUCGACUCAUAUUGCGCGGGAAAAUGUUGAAAAGAAUCUCCUCUUAGUAGAUCUUAGUGAGAAUUCAAUUUAAUUAUAAUGUAAUAAUAACACGUGACCUCAAAAUUUAUUAGCACACUUACGCCGCACCACCCCCACCUUAUAUCGGCAAGAUGAUGUUCAUUGCAAAGUGAGCUUUAAAUCAUCUUAUGUAGACAUAUUUUACAUUGACAAGACGAGAGCUGACAGCGAGAAAUCCGCAAUUUUUUUGUCUACAGUAGACGAUUUAAAGCUCACUUUUCAAUGAACGUCAACUUGCCAGGCGGAAGCGGUGUGGUGAGCGUACUAUGAUCAUAAGUCACUGAGCGUUUUAAGGUAGUCUAGAAUGAAACUUUGCUUACUAUAUAAUGAUAAUCGUGUUUCAAUGGUCUUUCAAUUGUUUGUGUGUUGUGUAUUGUGAAGCACUAAUAUUAGAAAGUAGAGACACGAUAUUUAACGUCGCUAGAAUCGACGAAACUAGUGUCAUAAAUUAUUGCGAAUUUAAUUAUUACAUUGAAUUAUUAGGCGAAAAAUAAUAAUUCUAUUUAUCGUUAUAAUUUGUUUACAAACAAGAAACAUAUGUUCUACGGAUUACUGGACUUAAAGCAUCUCAGAAAAAACUCAAACAAAAACCAGCCUUAAUUUUACUAGAAUAAAGUUUAUUUUCAAAAGAUUCAUUUCGAUUCAUAUGAUAUGACUUGAAAAUACUCGCAUUAGACAAAAUAUUUAAUUAUUGUACUGUUUAAAAUGAUUCUUAUUUUUAACUCAAUUGUGUGUUCAUUUACAGAAUAAGGUAAUGUUGUAUGUUAGUAAUAUAGGUAUUUAUGAUUUUAGUCAUUCCCGUCGUAAGCAAAGUUACAUUAAACGGACAUAUAACCUAAAAGCGCAUACGCGCAAAAACGUCCUUCGAAGCAAUGAAGAUAGGUAUACUAAAAUUAGAAUUUAAAAAAUUCUCAAUGGGUAGUUGUGGUAGAUUUUCGGCAUUAUUAGGAAUAUUAAUCAAUUGGAAUGACUGUGACGAUUGCCCGGUUAGAGCUAAGUUGCCCACCGCGAGACAGCGGCGCCCACAAUAAUAAGACUUAAUUAAAAACAAAUCUACUUUUUUAUUGUCUGUACGGCUUUUAUGGGACAUUGAUCGGGGGCAACUUAUGAAGUGCUUAAUACAGUGAAAGUGUUCAGUAAUUUAUUGGGUGAUUUUCUUAUAUAAAUCCGACGAGGCUGAACUAUCUAAUGAUCUCUUUCCGAAAUGAAUUAAUCGCUACUGUAUACUGUACUAAGCACUUAACUGUUUAGCUCGUCGGAACCAGGUAUUAUAAUGUGAAAAUUCUAUUUUAUGUAUUUAGAUUUUAACGUUACAUUAACAUCGAUUGAUUGAAAUAAUUUUCACGGUUACACGUCUUUUCUCUUUAAAGCUUAGACAGUUCCUUGACUGAAUUAUGAUUUAGAUCGAUGUUUAUGUAAUUAUGUAUUAAUUGAUUAGAAAACUUUGUGUCAUAUUCGAGGCUAUUAUGUUUUUUGAGAAAUUUUAAAUUAACAAGCAAAUUAUGAAUUACAUCUAUAUGUAGUGUUAAAAUAUAUGAACAGUCUUAUCAAGAAAGUGAAGAAAGGAAAUGAUUGCGCGGUCUCCUGUUGGCGGCGACGCUGGGUGUUCAUCAACCAAUCUUGAUCAUUAUAUUUCAUAUAGGAAUGGAAAAAAAAAAACGUUAAAAAUCAGUUUUCUUCACUUUAUUGACAGAUUGUAUCUAUAUAUUUUGACACAUUAAAAGCUAUGUUUUCUUAGUCAAAUAUGUAAAAAUGCUGCGCAAAUAAAAAACAUAAUUUUGUACAAAACUUUUAGUAACAUCCUGACGCCAUGAUAUUUUUGUAAUAAUUAUCGGAGUUUUAAAAACACUUUUUCAUAUUAAACAUUCUCAUAAAGUUGCAGAACGCUAGGCCAUUCCCAUUUAAAACCUGAUCAAUCUCAAAAGCGCAUUUCCUUCAUGCUUCUUUAAUCGUUUUUAUAGUUAUUUAUGGAAAAUAUUGGUUUUACAAACCUGUGCCACGGUUCUAUAUUAAUGGUGAUAAUAUACACUUGUGUAAUCAAUUCUUGCUAUAAAAAGUCAAUAAUUUAGUUUCUACAUAUACGAUUGUCUUUCGAAAGAUGAUUUUAACUCAUUUCUAUUAAAUUGAGUUUCUCUUCUUCACUAUCUUGUAGUAUAUAGUUGUUUUUGUGUUUUGGUUUUCUUUACAUCAUUUUUCAGCAAAAAACAUUUAUGUUAAAUAAUAUUAUGACUAGAUUUGAAAUAUAUUUCGUUCAUAGAUACUUUUUUUUUUUUUCAAUAAAUGAAUGUUAAUAUUUUCUUUCAAAAACCAAUCAAAUAGUUUUACUCGAUGAUUUAUUAUGUAUAAAAAUCGAAUAGCAAUAUUUAUUUAUUACGUAAAUGGAUUUGAAAUCUUGAAUUUAUAUUUAGAACGUCUGUUUAAAUCAGCUACUCGUUGACAGAUGGCGUUGGUCGCUACAUAUUUUUUACUAACGAACAAUGUUACAAGUUUUGCAUUUUUAUGCCAAGCAAUAUCUCGGACGUUGAAAAUAUAAACUCGAUUAAAUCCAGUCGUUAGAUUUUUUUUUGUACUUUGCGUGUGUUUGGUGAUAUUGUGAUUUAGGAAUGUAUGAAUUUGUACGAAAUGUAACUUAGGUGAGCAGGUGCAACUGUUGUGAAGAAAUAUAUUGAAAUAUAUAUAAUUUCUCUUA